GCUGGUUGGUUUGAAAGGGAAAGAGCAAAGGAUAUAUAUUGUACAUGCUAGUCCUGAUUCGGGCCUCAAGAUCUUCUCAACUGCAAAAUAUCUCAAAAUGAUGAAAUCGGGUUAUGUGUGGAUAGCCACUGAUUGGCUAUGUACAUCUCUAGAUUCAUCCGGGCUAUCCAAUUCCUACAGUCUAAGCCCUAUACAAGGGGUCAUUGGGCUUUGUCAACAUACGCCAGAAUCAGAAAAGAAGAAGUCUUUUGUUUCAAGGUGGAGUAACUUCCUUAAUUCUGGUAGAGCUUCUACAAGGUUGAAUGCUUAUGGACUCUUUGCAUAUGAUACUGUAUGGAUGGUUGCUCAUGCUUUAAAUGAGUUUUUUAAUGGAGGGGAGAAUAUUUCUUUCUCUGAUAUUCAUAUUAGGGACAUUCGAGAGAGCAAGCUGCACCUUGCUUCACUAAAAAGAUUUGAUGGGGGGCAUUCUUUGCUUAAAAAACUGUUACAAAUGAACUUUACUGGUCUAGCUGGCCAAAUUUGGUUUUCUACUGAUAAAAAUCUCGUUUUACCUGCAUAUGAUAUUAUUAAUGUGGGUGAGAGGACUGUCAGGAGGAUUGGUUAUUGGUCUAAUAGUUCUGGCCUUUCAGAAACUCCAUAUGAGAAACCGAGAGAAACAGUGUUUGGAAAACCUAAACUGGGAAGUGUUAUUUGGCCUGGUAAUACAACCCAAAAGCCACGAGGUUGGGUUUUUCCAGAAAAUGGAGAGCGUUUGAGGAUCGUGGUUCCAUGGAGAACAAGUUACACCGAAUUUGUGAGAAAAGUGGAUGGUACUGGUAAAAUCGAAGGGUAUUGUAUUGAUGUGUUUACUGCUGCUCUGAAAUUGAUACCCUAUGCUGUUCCACAUAUGUUUGUAGCUUAUGGAAAUGGACAAGCUAAUCCUAACUAUGAUGACCUUGUGAAGUUGGUCUCUGAAAAGAAAUAUGACGCAGCUGUUGGGGACAUUGCCAUUGUUACAAACCGGACGACGAUUGUGGAUUUUACUCAGCCCUAUGCUGCUUCUGGUCUUGUCAUAGUGGUCCCAGUCAAGAAUACAAAAUCAAAUGCAUGGGUCUUUUUGAAACCAUUUACUCCCGAGAUGUGGUGUGCGACUGGAGCAUUCUUUUUAUUCAUAGGAGCAGUCGUAUGGUUCCUUGAGCACAGAACAAACACUGAUUUCCGUGGGCCACCAAAGCAGCAACUUGUGACAAUGUUCUUGUUUAGCUUUUCAACGUUGUUCAAUGCACAAACGGAGAAGACCGGGAGCCCCCUUGCUCGUUUUGUGAUGAUUGUGUGGCUGUUUCUGGUUUUGGUGAUCACUUCUAGCUACACAGCCAGUCUAACUUCGAUCCUGACCGUCCAGCAGCUGGCUCCAGCCAUCAUGGGAAUUGAAAGCUUGAUUGCAAGCCAUGAGCGAAUUGCUUAUCAAGUUGGGUCUUUUACCAAGAGGUAUCUUACUGAAGAGCUUAACAUACCAUCCUCUAGACUUAUAUCACUCAAAACGCCUGAAGCUUAUGCCCAAGCCCUCCGGCUUGGACCGACAAAUGGAGGGGUAGCAGCUAUCGUGGAUGAGCUCCCUUACGUGGAAAUGUUCCUAUCAAACAGGAGUGAGUUUGGAAUUGUUGGGCAGAUGUUUACAAAGAGAGGAUGGGGAUUUGCAUUCCCAAGAGAUUCUGUUUUAGCUGUGGACAUGUCCACUGCGAUCCUGGGACUAUCAGAAAAUGGGGAACUCCAAAGAAUCCAUGAGAAUUGGUUUUGUAAAAAUAAGGCAGGUUGCAGAGAGUCGAACAGCCAGCCUCAAGCUGACCAGCUUCAUAUGCGCAGCUUUUGGGGCCUCUUCUUGCUUUGUGGGUUCGCUUCAUUGGUUGCACUAUUCAUAUUCCUGUUGCAAACAGUGAGACAAUAUCGUCGUUAUGGGCAUCAGGUGGAUUCGUCCUCCGAAUCAGAGCCCUCGAGUGUGAGUUGCAAUCAAAGUGUUCACAAUUUCCUCUCAUUUGUUGAUCUGAAAGAAGAGGAGGUCAAAAGCAAGCUCAAACGACAGUCUGGGACUUUGCCAUCUCAGGUCAAAUCUGAGGCUUCGCCAUCUCAGGUCAAAUCUGAGGCUUCGCCAUCUCAGGUCAAAUCUGAUUCUUUACCAUCUCGUGAGAACUGAUAUUGUUUAACAGUUCAUACCCCAAUUAUGUA